AUGCAUGAUCAAUCUCGAAGUGUCUGUCUAUACUUGACCACAGAUGGUGAGAAUCGGCUUUGGGAUAAGCAGAGGCUAGCUCGGCCGCUUGAAGUCAUACUAGAAGGGGAAAGCUACAUUGAGAUGAACCUCACUGAAUUACAAGCCAUGAUCAAGCCAACUUAUGCAGCGAAGCGGGUCAUGGGUGUCACACUAGCUCGAUGCAUUUUGCAUCUCUUCGAAGGCCCGUGGCUGAGUGAAGGCAUGUCGAUUGACGAUAUCUAUGUCUACUGCAAGGUGCAAAAUGAGCAACCUUAUCCUCAGUUCGACAAAGUCUUCAUCGCAACCAAAUUCGGCCUCGAUCAUGACCCUAGCACCCAACCACGCGGUUACAAGAUCCACCCUUUUCCAACAAUCCUUGCACUGGGCAUAAUAUUAUUGGAGAUUGAACUCGGAGAGGACAUCCUGGAUAUAAAGAGCGACCCUGUAUUUCUUUCGAAACGACACAAGCCAUUUUACGUUGCUCAAUAUCUUCUUAAGGAGAUUCGAAAACGUUUCAACCUUGAUUCUGGCCUCGUCAGUGCUGUCACAUUCUGUAUAGACCGCGCGUCUUUUGCCCAGUUUGACACCUUGGAUUCUGAAGCCCUUCUCUCCAAUCAGCAAUUCAUUGACACAUAUUACAAGAGAAUUGUUCGUCCACUUGAACAGGACCUCGUUAAUGGGGCUCACUGGACCUGGGACCAAGUUGAGCAGCUUCAAUCUCCUAGCUUUGCGGAUGCCGGCAUCUGCAAAGUAUUCACAAAGGGGGCUGGAGAGAUUCCACGCGUCAGGCUAGGUGAUGAUCUGGUGCAAAAUGAAGCAUUGGAUUCGGUGGCUAAAACUCCGGGAACUUUGAAACACCCACCAAUUCGCAAUCUACCAAGAAAUCCACCAAUGCCCAUUUUGGAAGAGCAUCGCGUGACGUCAUGUCAAACAUCGGAGGAUGAUGCAAAUAGAGCAAACAUGCCAAACAAAGCAUAUUCAAGCCUCACAGGAUCUCCAGAUCAGCUACAACAAUGCCACCCUCGACCUCUCACGCGAAACGACUUUACUGUCGCCAUCAUAUGUGCUCUCAGGACGGAGGCAAAUGCCGUCGAGGCCAUCUUCGAAAAAUAUUGGGAGGACGACAAUGGCGUGUAUACAUAUGGCAAGCAGCCAAAUGAUCCGAACUCAUACACCGUGGGGAUGAUUGCAAACCAAAAUGUUGUUUUAGCGCAUCAGCCACGGAUGGGAAAGGCCUCUGCAGCAAACGUUGCAGCUGCAUGCUCAAUGAGCUUUCCCAACAUUAAGCUGGCCCUUAUUGUAGGGGUUUGCGGCGGCGUUCCAUUCCCCGGUGGAAGCGCAGAAAUUCUGCUAGGGGAUGUCGUCAUCAGCAAAGGGAUUGUUCAGUAUGACUUCGGCCGACGGUAUCCUGGUCAAUUCCGACGCAAGGCCACUGUUGAUGAUCAGCCAGGGCGUCCUGGUCGCGAAAUCUCCUCACUGCUUGCUCGUCUUGAAACUAAUAAGCAUCGGACGAAUUUGCAGGAGAAGAUAGCAACAGAGCUCCGCCAUAUGAACGAUAAUCCCAACACAUAUUCGAAGAUCUUCUACCCAGGGGAAGCCGAAGACAAAUUGUUUCCCGCGACAUACGUCCACAAACAUCGGGAUGUGUCCAGAUGCUGUGGAGAUUGUGACGAUGGAAUGUGCGAAGAUGCUAUCGACUCUACUUGUGCUGAACUCCACUGUGAUCAGGAGGCACUGGUUCCACGGUCCCGUCGAAAUAUACACAACAAACCCGCUAUACAUUUCGGUUUGAUUGCGUCGGGAGAUACUGUUCUCAAAUCUGGAGCGGAUCGAGACCUGAUUUCAAAUGAGGCAAAGGUAAUAGCUUUUGAGAUGGAGGGCUCGGGUGUGUGGGAUGCAAUCCCUUGUGUCAUCAUCAAAGGCGUCUGUGACUACGCAGAUAGCCACAAAAACAAAAAGUGGCAAGAUUAUGCGGCAACAACUGCUGCGGUUUCGGCUAAGGCUUUUCUUCGUCAUUGGCUAUAG